CCAGAAUCAAUUCAUUUCCUUGCCUGUUCUUCUUCUUUCCAUAUCUGCGUUGUUGACGGUUUGAGACAGAUUUCCCAUAUCUUCUUCCAGCUGUUGUCUAUUGGAUAUUCCCUUGAGGUGAGAGCUGAUUUCCAGAUUGCGCUCUUGUGGAUUUUGCUGAGUACUAUUGCAAAGCUGCUCUCAACAUUUAAUCCAUCCCAAAAAAAAAUAAUUAUUAAGUCCUUAUUAACUCACAGUUGGGUUGGAUUAGUAAAUUUGAUGUAAGUUGUUCUUUUGUUUGUGAUUUUACGGUUUCUAUUUUGUAGAGUUACAUUGUCGAUUAGAACUUAUUUGUUUAGGUGGAAGAUAAAUUUUUGUUGGAAAGAUUACUGUGCGGGAGGGUAUUUUUGGCCACGAGAUUGUGUUUUGAAUUAUGUGAUAAUUUCCUUCUCUGUUUCUUGUUAUAUUAUGUCUUCCUUUGUAAAGAAACAUCUUGUCCGUUCAAUGGAACGAGCAGACUCUGAUACCACUCGCAACAUCCAAACUUUGUUUCUGAUCAAGAUAUUAUCUGUUUUCUGCUCUAAUAUUGUACGACUUUGUUUUUUUUUUUUUUUGCAUUAUGGUAACUUCCCGAGAGGUCACCCAUGUACAUGCACUGCUUCGUCUUGAAUACGCUUAACUUCAGAGCUUUUACAAAAAUUAAUCCAUUGCACCCGAAAAUGUGUCUAUUCAGUUUAGAUUGAAUCGCUUUUAUAACUCAUGGAUAUUGUUUGUGCCCAAAUACCUUUGAAGCCCAACUCUUUGUACGCCUUCGCCUUACUGGUCACACCUUAGGCUCCUCACCUUGGAGCCUGAUCUUCUGAGCGCCCGAGUCAUGCUUAACGCUCCGCAGGCGCCUUGCCUUGAAGCCCGCUCCUUGGUGCGCAUUGGUCCUACUAGUCAAUCCUUAGAUGUCUGGCCUACACACACGCACUGAGGGGGACGCCUGGGCCCAUUAAUCCUCAUACGCUCAAGUUAGUUCCAAUUCUAGAGAGAGAAGUAUGAAACUAUAGGUUUUAGUGAGAGAGUCCAACCUGCAUAAAUGUUACCUACCGACACUAUUUAUACUCACCCAACCCUGGACCGGGCUUAUUCCACUCAGCUCCACGUCAGCAUCGCUUUUAAUGCUCCGUACUUUUGUCAGACCGGGCGCCCCCGACCAACAUGUCAGACUUUUAACAAAUGCAAGGCGCCCAGACCGUACCAUCUUGGAGCCUUCCGAGUUUUAUCUCCUAACUUCCCUCAUCUUACUUGGGCUUGGCCUUGCGGGCCAACCCGUAGGCUUGCCCCAUGGAGUAACCCUCCUCUUCCUCAUUGGGUCGUAUUGGGCUUUCACUUGGACCUCUCUUUGUAACACCCCCAACAGAUCUCACCCUUACUUUUUUAACUCGUGAAAUCGUCUCGUACAGAUCGAUUGACAGUAAAAAUCUUCUACUGAAUCUAAACCCCUUGGUUAAUUUUAGGGAUAUGAACACUUAAAACUAUGAUUAACUACAUCAUAAAGUACCUCUCCCCCAAUACCUCUCUAAAACCUUUCGCCCGCGGCAGAGAGAGCAUCUUCCUUACGCUAUGUUAGGCAGCCGUGUAUUAUCCUCUGUUCUGAAGAGGAACAAACAGACGAUCGGCAGCACAAUCUCCAGUAUCGGACGGACGCCGCCGCAAUUCAGCCGGCAGCAUUUCAAAGAACUUCCGACCUCUCCGUCGAGGCCCUUCUUCCACGCAUUUCGAUCUCUUCCGAAGGGUGGUCAUAAUGCGGGUUCCAUUAGAAAUUCUUCGACUGUGGCAUCAGUUAGUUUGGAGAGUAAGGAAGGAGUGAAGCUGCUGGUUACAGCAGGACCUCGCGCUCAGAAGAUGGUGGGGAUUUGGCUCUUUGGCUCGGCUGCCUGGGUUUUCAGCAUGGUGAUACUUGGCGGUGUCACUCGACUUACCCGUUCUGGUCUUUCCAUGACUGAUUGGAAGUUCACCGGUCAGCUCCCUCCUCUUUCCGACGAAGAAUGGUCUAAAGAGUUCGAGAAAUAUAAGCAAUCCCCCGAGUACAAACGUGUCAACAAAGGGAUGAGCCUUGAUGAUUUCAAAUUUAUUUAUUGGAUGGAAUAUGGUCAUCGAAUGUGGGGAAGGGCACUUGGUCUGAUGUUUGCUGUCCCAUUUUCAUAUUUCAUGCGUAAGGGAUAUAUAACAGUGCAACUGGGACUGAGACUCUCUGGUCUAUUUGCCCUUGGUGCUGGGCAGGGUAUGAUUGGUUGGUGGAUGGUCAAAAGUGGUUUGGAGGAACCAGCAUCAGAAUAUGCAGAGCCUAGAGUUAGUCCUUACCGUCUAGCGGCGCAUCUCACUUCAGCAUUUGCUAUCUAUACCGGCCUUUUCUGGACUGCACUUUCUGUUGUGAUGCCUGAACCGCCUGCAGAAUCCGUUACUUGGGUCCGGGGGGCAGCAAAAGUUAAGAGACUUGCCCUUCCUGUGAGCCUUAUUGUUGGUGUCACUGCCGUAUCAGGAGCAUUUGUAGCUGGCAAUGAUGCUGGACGGGCAUAUAACACUUUCCCCAAAAUGGGUGAAACCUGGAUUCCUGAUGGCAUAUUCGAGAUGAAGCCAUUAAUUCGAAACUUCUUUGAGAACACAGCAACAGUGCAGCUCGACCAUCGCAUCCUUGCCACAACAACUCUAGCUUCAAUAGGUGCUUUGUGGUGGUUCACAAGAAAAAUAGAUCUACACCCUGCAGUGCGAACUUUGAUUGGCAGCACUGUGGGCAUGACUUUACUUCAGGUAAGCUUGGGUAUAUCGACGCUUCUAUCAUAAGUACCUGUUUCUCUUGGAACCGCACAUCAAGCUGGGGCAUUGACGCUUCUAACACUGAUGAUGCUGCUCAAUCACACGGUGCGGAAGCCUUCUUUGCCCCUCCUCAAAUCACUGCCUCAAGUGGCCAAGCCACUUUAUUGAUACAGCAUUUGAUGGGUUGUAGUGGUGGAUAUAUGUAGAUCCUUAGGUACACAAAACACAGUAUUGUCAUGUGAUUUUGACUUAGUGGUGUAGUGGAACUUUCUUUGAACCUUUGGUUUACCAAAGAGCUACACAUUGACGGCCAGAUUCCUUGGCCUGUUUCUUUUUGGCUUAUUUUGCAAUUUGAAGAAUGUACUAACUAUGCAGUAUCACAAUGAGUAUAACAAUACAGAUUGAAUCAAGUCCUUAAGCUCCUGAGCUCAGCAUUUCCCUUUCUCAAUCUCUAGAUCAAUCUUAUUUGACCAGAAUUGAUUCGGCCAGCUUGUCCAAUUGAACCAGGGUUUGAUCAGUUCUGCUAAAAAUUUACAAUAGAACCACUAAAAUGUUUUGUUUGCAUAGACAGCAGUUUCCGACAGCAGCAAAGAGAAGUAAAUUCUAAAACCAGUAGUAAAGAUUACAUCAGAUU